GUCGCCUGAAGAGGCAUCUGCUCGAAAGCUCUGAAGCUGAAACUCGACGCGCACGGAGACGUUUUAACAUAGAAACCCAUUGUAAAUGGGUUUAUCAAUACAACACACGCUUCUUUCGCGAAAUUUGUCCUCACCUAGAGUCUGUGUUGGAUGGAUUACAACGUCCACGUCUCACCGAGAAGCCUUGCGACGCCCUGCGAGCAGUAGCAGCGAUAGCCUGGUCAGUGACGCUGGAGAACACUGUGAUUUGACUCUGCAAUGGCGGUCUUUAGUCACCAGGCGCUCCUGGCAGUCACCAGAUCAAGAGGAUCAUAUUUGUUGACCAAGAGGCACAGCUGCUCCUCUCUGUCAUCCAAAGCCUACCUCCACACAGACUUUCCCCACCACAUCCCUUCUUGGUCUUCUCUCCGACACUCCCGCUGCAGCUACCCCCACCGCGCCUGGGUUCACUCCUACAGCCGUGGCGACAGCUCCGUCCUGCUCGCCCGUGCGCUUCACUUCUCGGGUGUUGGGCUCCAGGAUGUAAAACCGGACGACACGAAAACCUCUCCUGCAGCUGCCCAGGAUGCUCCUAUGGGAGAUAAAAAAGACUCUGUGUUGGUCACAACUGACUCUCAGCCUCCAUCAGCUCCCACUCUGACGUCCACUGCUCCGGCCACAGCGCCGGCGGCCAUCCUUCCCGCACAGGAAAAGGCAAUUGUGAAAAAAUCUCUGUAUCAGAGGAUUGUGGAUGAGUUGAAGCAUUACUAUAAUGGCUUCAGAUUACUGGGCAUCGACACCAAGAUCGCUGUCAGGAUGGUGUGGAGGCUGCUGCAUGGACAGCUGCUAACACGCAGGGAGAGGAGGAGGCUGAUGAGGACCUGCGCUGACCUUUUCCGCUUGGUGCCCUUCAUGCUGUUUAUCAUCGUUCCUUUUAUGGAGUUCCUUCUCCCCGUUUUCCUCAAGCUUUUCCCAGAGAUGCUGCCCUCGACCUUUGAGACGGAGUCUAAAAAGGAAGAGAAGCAGAAGAAGGGUCUGGCUGCAAAGCUGGAACUGGCGAAGUUUCUCCAGGAGACCAUCGCUGAGAUGGCCCGAAGAAAUAAAGCUAAAGCUCAGACUGAAGAUGAGACUCAGAGAUUCUCCAAAUAUGUUCAAAAGGUUCGGGGUACAGGUGAGCAGCCCUCUACUAAGGAGAUUGUUCGCUUUUCAAAGCUAUUUGAAGAUGAACUGACCCUGGAGCACCUAGAGCGUCCCCAGCUGGUGGCUCUGUGCAAGCUGUUGGAGCUUCAGCCCAUAGGCACAAACAACCUGCUGCGUUUCCAGCUCAUGAUGAAACUAAGAAAUAUUAAGUCUGAUGACGAGAUGAUUGCAGCAGAGGGCGUGGCAGCCAUGAGUGUGUCAGAGCUGCAGGCGGCGUGUCGUAGUCGUGGGAUGAGGUCUCUGGGUCUCACCACAGAGCAGCUACGUCAGCAGCUGCAGCAGUGGCUGGAUCUGCACCUGAAGGAGAACGUCCCUCCAUCGCUGCUUCUGCUCUCCAGAGCCAUGUAUCUGACCGACCUCAAACCCAAACCCCACGUCAUCCCGCCUGUUCCCAAACUAGAGAAGGCCGCAACUCCAGAAAACUCAGCAGCUAAUCCAGCCUCUACCAGCCCAGAGUGUUUGGCCGACCCUGCCGUCAUCAUCAAAGACAGGCCGACAGAGGAGCUUCAGGACAAAGCCCCUGUGGUGCUGGACAAACCUUUAACUCCUGCUGAGGUCCUUCAGGCUAAAGCAGCAGCAGAAGUGUCCCAGAAGAGCAAAAUGAGUGCCAAUGGUGUGUGAAGAGGGAUGAGGAAACUGCAGGACUGACUCGCACAUAGAGGAAGAGGAUGUGUCAGAUGUUCCAGUGUUUGGCUCCUUUUUUUUUGGUUUCAUCUUCUAAUGGAGCCUCUGCUUUACCUCCCGUUUGUCUUGUUAAUCCUGCUUUAUCUUGAUAAGGUAAAACAAAGACGACGAUGUCUCUGAUGUGAGAUCUUGGAAGUCACUCAGACCGUUCUUGGUCGCUGCUCUGUAGCUAUCCCAUAAGUCCCCCCCCCCUUAUUCCUGUGUGUAAAUUUGUAAAUAGUUUGUAUAUUUUCUCUGUCUUGCACCACAGAAGAAGCAGCUUUGUACAGUUUGCUAUGCAAAAGGCCAGCACUUUGUCUCCUAUGAGUUGGGUUUUAUUUGCCGGCGUUUUAAGAAAAAAAAGCAGAACCUUUUGGUUCUUGUUGACCCACAUUUAAUUUUCUGUUGUAAUCGUCCUAAUGGAUCAUAUUAAUCAACAUGUCAGAAAUCCGUAUUUUUCUGUUUCUCUACUGAGUAACAGUUUCUAUGUGGUCCUCAGUGGCUUGAAUAAGCAAAUGAAAAACUGUUCCAGAAAGGAGGAGUUUCCAUCAGAUGCGGGCGGUCUCUCUCUCUCUCUCUUACUGCUUUGCCACUGAAAUGACAAUCUGUACAAAAAAUGUGCAGAUAUCUAUUAUUGUUUUGCUCUUUUUUGUAUGUUUUGUGUUUCAAUGGUAAAAAGUCGAACUCUCCUUAAAGUUAUAGAAUAUACUCCAAGUGAUCCAUGUAAAGCUGCUGAUCUAUAGGAGGAGAAGCUGAAGUUCUGAAGCCACUGAUAAGAUUUAUAUUUUGUAUUGUGGUAAUAAAAGGGUUAAAUGUUAUUAAAUACCUUUUGAUAUUCUCCCAGUUACCUGUGCAAACCCUGCCAGCAAUGCAGCUAUAAUAGGCUAAAUUCUGUUCAGCCAUUAACACAUCCUGUAAUUAUCAGCUAAAUGAGAGGAUGUCUUUUAACCAUUUUGGCUUCAGAUGUCCAGUUAUCACACACUGG